GGAUACCAUCAGAGAUGACCAGGAUAUCAUCAGAGAUAAUAUAACCAAGAUAUCAUCAGAGAUGACCAGUUUUAGACUUCUUAAUUUGUCUUCAGAUGUUGCAUCUGUUUUACAUUAAAAAAUCCAACGGUUGAAUUUGAGAGGGGAAGACAGCAAACUUGGUCGGGUACUGGACAUAGCCCUCUCUGUAACCAGCGGUCAAUGAUACCAUAAACAUGAUUAGUAAUGAAUAAUGCCCAACCGUCAACCCGCAUCCUCGAAACAGAUCAAACUGCCUGCCAAUAACAUAUUCCAUUCUACAUCAAACAAGUACAUGUAAGCAUGUACUGUAAUGGAAAAUCACUAAGGUCAGUACUAGAGUGAUAUAAGCAGUAACUUCACUUUUAAAUAUAAGUCUGUCAGGAGAAAAACUAGUGCUACUAAUUUGUAUUGUACAUAGAAUUAUUUACAUAUCGAUUUAUGGAUGAAUUCAUUACUGACAUUGAAUAACUAUAUAUAUGUUACUGUACAUGCCUGAAAUCACAAUUUGGAUAUUAAUAUUUCCUCUCGGAACCUUGAAAAGGAGCCAACAAUUUUCUUCAUCUUUACAUUUGGGAGAAAACAAUUAUAUGAAGAAAGAUAAGAUUAAUGUUAUUUAGUAUGAGAAGUGAGAAGCCAGAGGUUAUUGCACCGAGAAGUCGCCAUAGAAAGAACUCCAGCGAUUUUCUUUCUUAAAAAACCAUGGAAUUAUUCAUUCUAACCAAAUAAGAUAUUAGUCAGUAAAAGUCUACCUGUAUUGCAAGAUAUUGAUUAACUGUAAUUUGUGUAUUUCAAGCUUCUGAAGUGGAAAUCGCAGACAGAAGGGAAACAGAUCUACCCUAUUAAGAGGCAGGCGAGAAAAAUGGGUGAUGUUUGUACAAAAAAAUGUAUCCAACUAAUAUCUGUGUGUGAUAUUUUGGAUAAUGGCCAUGGAAACCGCGAUAAGUGGUCUGCUUCAAGACUGUAAAAUCAAAACGAAGUUGAAAAACGCAGACGUGACUGGGAAACUUGACUAUAUGAACGCAGGAUAUGAGACAGAUAUUCACGAUUUAACACCAGGGAAUGUGCAAAGCAUGAUCAACAGUAUUUCAUUGCUGGAAAAUAAUCUGUCUUCCUUUGCGCUACAGCUAAACUCCUACAUAUCGUGCAUAAGAGUGCCGAGACCAACCCCUAGAGGUCGUCCCCAUCUGUCAUUAAGGCAUGCUUGUUGGUUUGAUGACAGCGGGAUUUUGAUAGGCCAGUUUCAGAUCUAGAGCCUGUGAAUAUACCGAAUCCACAAUUUUGAUUUUCCGACACACGCAGCUUUCAAAAAUGAACGUGACCAUAAACAAACGUUUGGCGGAUCCACAGUUUACAAAAACCGACCAAUCCAUCUAUAAAAAAUGUUUCUCUCCGAAGGUUUUCCCUCAAAGGUUCAAGGACAUGAUUACCAUUUUUAUUGUUUUGCAGUGUAUAAAAUCGUGUUAUAGCUUGAGUUCUUGACUAUAGGAUUUCCCAAAUGUACCAUGUCAUAUUGGGGUUGACUUUUGAUGAAUUGUUGUUGAGACAAAUGUUAGGAGAACUACAUCUGGACGAAGAGUUUAAGUAUACCCAGGCUAUUUGUAGUUCCGUGAAUAUAUAUCAUUCAAUAACCACUGUAUAAUUUAUCAUUAUAGUAUAUAGUAUAUAUAUAUAUAUAUAUAUAUAUAUAUAUAUAUAUAUAUCCAAAUUAAGUUUUUAAAAAAAUCACAGUGUCCGGUAUAAAAUAUUAAAAGAAAUAGAAUAAACAGUACACAAAGUUAAAAAUUAUAUGACAUCGUUAUGUACGUGAAAUGUUAGGACGCCUUUAUGACGUCAGACCAUUUCAAAACUAUUUUAAAAUGUAGCGCCUGAGGAUUAUAAAAUAUAUAUAUAUACACACAAAGACCAACAACAUAAAUAACCAGGCUGUCAAAUUUUCGGGACAACUAGUCCUUUCUUCAGGACAAACGAAUUUACAUAAUAUGGUUGAUAUUAACAGAGAAUAGCAAACAGAAAAAUAAAAAUACACAUAAUACUAAAAUUAGACAAAAUCUACAAACGUAUAUACACCACAGACCAAAUGUUUGGGGUUUUUUUGUUGUUUUUUGUUUUUGUUUUUUGUUUUGGCUUGGUAAUCCAUGUUAAUUAUGUAGCGAAUUAGAACAUGACUGUCGUAUUCGUCCAAAGAGCUUAUCCACAACGCCAAUUUAUUUGGAAAAUUAUGAAGAUUUAGAUAUCGCCCACAUUAUGUAAACCUUUUCGUUUGUCCUGAAGAAGGGACAGGUCGUCCCGAAAAUUUGACAACCUGGUUGUUCGUGUCGUUGGUCAUUUUAGUGCUUUGUAUAAUUUUUUUUUUUUGUAUUUGACCUUGUAUCCACGUUGUGGAUCCGACACUUCUGGAUAUCGGGUGUUGUUGGAUGAUUGAUUACAUAUUGUUUAACGUCCCUCUCGAGAAUUUUUCACUUAUAUGGAGACGUCACCAAUACCGGAAGUUAGUGCUUUUAUAUACAAUAUAGAUAGAUAUUGAAUGAAUAAACGUUAUUUAUAUACUACUCCAACUGUCAGUUAAUUAAACAAAUACAUCUUAUGAAAUUCCUUUAAAUCGAUUUUUUUAUGCCAAUCGGAUAUAUACUAAUUCGCAAAUAUAUUUUGGAAACUUGUAUCAAAUAUAAUAUUUGCAAAUGAAACUGCACACGAAUACAACCUGGUUAACACGAUACAAUGUACACAAUUGUUUGAAUGUGCAAUAAAGUAUGUUUUACAGCU